CACGGGAUUAUGGAUGGAAUGCGACUGACUGUUUUUGUAUAGGACAGGGUUGUAUGUUUGGAGAUCUUGUUGUUAUUAGUGAAACAACUUGUUGUCGUAGAACGAAUGAAUUUAUUAGCCGGAGGUCUAGUGUAUAUGCUAUGUAGGCUGUUGAUGUGAUGUGUAUAACAAUAUUGAAUUCCGUUCCAGAUAUCCCUCACUUCAAGGAAGUGGUCAUCAUGAGCACCAUGUGUGACUACUGCGGACACCGGACCAACGAGGUGAAGUCAGGCGGUGGUAUCGAGGAGAAGGGAGUGCGGUUCGAGGUCCGGGUCGCGACCAAAGAGGACUUUUCGCGCGAUAUACUCAAGAGUUGUCCCUGUAUUGCAGUCGGAGACGUGCAGCAUGGAGAUCCCGGAGCUGGAGCUGAGCGUGGGCGGGCGCGCGCUGGGCGGCCGUUCACCACGGCCGAGGGCCUGCUGGCGGCGACCCGCGCGCAGCUGGCCGACACGCCGGGCGCGCUGGGCGAUGCGCCCGGCGUGGCGCCCGCGCUGCGCCCCGUGCUGGACGCGCUGGCGCGCGCCGGCCGCGGCGACCUGCCGGUCACGCUGGUGCUGGACGACCCCGCCGGAAACUCUUACGUGCAGAGCCUGGCCGACGACCCCACCGCGCCCGACGACGGUCUGAAGGUCACGCGCUACGAGCGCAGCUUCGAGCAGAACGAGGAGCUCGGACUCAACGACAUCAACACCGACAACUACCGGCCCCACACACCCAGCUAGACGAGCCGCGCAACCACUGCACGCCCGCCUACACUCAACGAGUACUAUCUGUAUAUAUCUGUGUGUGUGUGUGUGUGUGUACAGUUGUAU